AGGGUAUAAAGGAGCGGGCGCUAUGCGAGCAGCACGUAGGACUCUCUGUUUAAAGUACGCAGCGCUCAACCCGGCACUCGCCCAGGCCGCGGUCGCCCGGACAACCACCAGCCCAACCAGUCAGCGCCCCCGCCUGCGUCCGAGCCAUGUCUGUCAGAAAAGCACUGAUCGUACUGGCUCACUCAGAGAGGACGUCCUUCAACUAUGCUAUGAAGGAGGCUGCUGCAGAAGCUUUGAAGAGGAAAGGAUGGGAGGUGGCCGAGUCAGACCUCUAUGCCAUGAACUUCAAUCCCAUCAUUUCCAGAAAGGACAUCACAGGUAAACUGAAGAACCCUGAGAACUUUCAGUAUCCUGCUGAGUCUGUUCUAGCUUAUAAAGAAGGGCGUCUGAGCCCAGAUGUUGUGGCCGAACAAAAGAAGCUGGAAGCUGCAGAUCUUGUGAUAUUUCAGUUCCCUCUGCAGUGGUUUGGAGUCCCUGCCAUUCUGAAAGGCUGGUUUGAGCGAGUGCUGAUAGGAGAGUUUGCGUACACGUAUGCUGCCAUGUAUGACAAGGGACCUUUCCGGAAUAAGAAGGCCGUGCUUUCUAUCACCACUGGUGGCAGCGGCUCCAUGUACUCUCUUCAGGGUGUCCAUGGAGACAUGAAUAUCAUUCUCUGGCCAAUUCAGAGUGGCAUCCUGCAUUUCUGUGGCUUCCAAGUCUUAGAACCCCAGCUGACAUACAGCAUUGGGCACACUCCAGAGGAUGCCCGAAUUCAGGUCCUGGAAGGAUGGAAGAAACGUCUGGAGAAUAUUUGGGAUGAGACACCACUGUAUUUUGCUCCAAGUAGCCUCUUUGACCUAAACUUCCAGGCAGGGUUCUUAAUGAAAAAAGACGUACAGGAUGAACAGAAAAACAAGAAAUUUGGCCUUUCUGUGGGCCAUCACUUGGGCAAGUCUAUCCCAACUGACAACCAGAUCAAAGCUAGAAAAUAAAAUUCACAAGAUUUGAUUUCCUUCUAACAUGUAGUCAAAUCUGAAUCUCUUUUCAGGUUUCCCUGUCUUGCUUUAGUUUUUAAGAUUUGGGGUUUUCAGCUCAGCGCCUGUAGCUCAAGUGGCUAAGGUGCCAGCCACAUACACCAGAGCUCGCGGGUUCAAAUCCAGCCCGGGCCUGACGAACAACAAUGACAACUACAACCAAAAAAUAGCCGGCCAUUGUGGCAGGUGCCUGUAGUCCCAGCUACUUGGGAGGCUGAGGCAAGAGAAUCCCUUAAGCCCAGGAGUUGGAGGUUGCUGUGAGCUGUGAUGUCACAGUACUCUACCCGGGGUGACAGCUUGAGGCUCUGUCUCAAAAAAAAAAACAAAACAAAAAACGAUUUGGGUUUUUCUUUUCCCACAAGGAAUGAAAAGGAGAGGGAACAAACAUUGGUAUUCAUAUGUUUGGGGGUAUUUUUAUUAUUAAAUAUAAUCUAUUCUUAUGAUUGCUGUCAUGGCAUAUAACCAAAAUCUGGCUUCAGCUCAAGAGGUCACUUAGGGAAAGGUAUAGAAAGAUGCUAGGGUGGUGCCUGUGGCUCAAGGAGUAGGGCGCCGGUCCCAUAUGCCGGAGGUGGUGGGUUCAAACCCAGCCCCGGCCAAAAACCACAAAAAAAAAAAAAAGAAAGAAAGAUGCUAGAAUAUAUUCUUUUUUUUUGAGACAGAGUCUCACUCUUUUGCCCCAGGCUAAAGUGCUCUGGCAUUAGAGCUCACAGCAACCUCAAACUCCUGGGCUCAAGAGGUCCUCUUGCCCCAGGCUCCUGAGUAACUGGGACUACAGCCAGUCACCUAGCUAGUUUUUCUAUUUUUAGUACAGACGGGGUUUCAUUCACUCAGACCUGUUUCAAACUCCUGAGCUCAAGCAAUCUAUCUGCCUCAACCUCCCAGAGUGCUAGAAUUAUGUUGUGAGCCACCACACCCGUCCUAUAAUUUUUUUUUUUUGCAGUUUUUGGCUGGGGCUCGGUUUGAACCCGCCACCUCCGGCAUGUGUGGCUGGCACCCUACUCCUUUGAGCCACAGGCGCCACCCUAGAAUAUAUUCUUUUAAGUGUAUUUACACAAUUUAAUUCAUAUUAGGGCUAAAUUUCUAGGUCAAAAUAUGGCUAGACAGGAUUCAACUCUCCAAUGAUGUUUCUUUUAAUUAACUCUCUAUAGUUUAUGGCAAGAGGGAAUUGCUUAGAAAAAGAAAUGACUGUAUCUAUAUGACCUAAGGGACUGGUUUAGUAGUUAGUAAUCUAAUACUUGUUUAUAGUAUAUACUGGUUUCCAUUACUAUACAGUGACUAAUAUGCUUAAUACAAGUGUUAACUCUUCCUUCACUUUGUUUGUAUAUAGUACACAGAUACCUUGAAAUAAAUAAUACAUGUCUUCUUUA